GCAACUCCCUCUCUUCUGUCACGCCCACACUGCGCCCACAUAUAUUUCCUGGAGGUGCUUUGUAAUACCACAACUUGCUCUUGCUUCAAUUAAUCCUCCAGCAUGAUAGUACUGCGCGAGCUGCUGCUCCUAUCCCUCUCCGCAUUCCUGCCCCUUGCCGCGUGCUCGCCCGCGCACCUCCUAGUCCCCAGCCACGACCUCUCGCAGACUGUCAAGCUCCAGGACACAUGGCAGCCCCUCGUCCAGGUCUCGAAAGUGGCCAAGCCUCGCCCUCUCGUCAUAUGGCACGGCCUCGGCGACUCGUACAACUCGCCUGGAAUUCUGGAGUUCAUUGUACGCGUGAAGAACAUCCAUCCUGGGAUAUUCGUUCACUCAAUAUACCUCGCGGACACGUUGGAUGACGACAGACGGGCGACAUUUUACGGAAAUGUGAACGAGCAGGUCGAGCAGGUCGCAGCGCAGCUGGCCAACAUAACCGAGCUGGCGGACGGUUUCGACGCAAUGGGGUUCUCGCAGGGCGGCCAGUUCCUUCGAGCCUACAUCGAGCGCCACAAUGUCCCGCCAAUACACAACCUCAUCACCUUCGGCUCGCAGCACAUGGGCAUCUCCGACAUUCCCGGGUGCCGGCCCUUCGACGUAGUGUGCCAGCUCGCGCGGCGUGCAGCCAUUCGCGAGGUGUACAGUGAGUGGGCGCAGAAGCAGCUCAUCCAGGCCCAAUACUUCCGCGACCCCGCCCGGCUGGACCGAUACCUCGCCUCGAACAACUUCCUCGCGUCGAUCAACAACGAGCGGCCCGCGGAGCGCAACACGUCGUACGCCGCGCACCUCGCGGUGCUCAACAAGCUCGUGCUCGUGCUCUUCCUCCAAGACGAGACCGUCGUCCCGAAGGAGAGCAGCUGGUUCGGCGCGUACGCCGCGCCCAACGCCUCUCGCGCAGAGGCGGAGGGACAGGCAGGCAGGCAGGAUGUUGGCGCGACGGAGAAGACGGUCGUGCCAAUGCGCCUGCAGCCGCUCUACGUCGAGGACUGGAUCGGCCUCCGGACGCUCGACGAGCGCGGCGCCGUUGUGCUCGAGACGUGCGAUGGCGAGCAUAUGGUCCUUGCAGACGAGUGUUGGCAGCCGCUCGUAAGGCGCUUUGUGGGCGGCGAGACGGCUGCGCUUGAGGAUGCCGGCGCCGAUCCGGACUCGGAGGGCGGUGAGCACUUGGGGCUGGUUGUGCAAGCGUGAAGAUGCGCACAAACGUGACGAUUUGUUGGGUGCUUGCUUUGCUGUGUAUGGUAUGUAUUUGUAGUUUUCUUGGAGUACGAGCGACCAGUGUCUGGACAUCUAAUCUGUGGCUCGGCUACACGCUGAAAUGCGGCUUGCUUAUUGAAGCUCAUGUUCAUUCGGUCUCGCAUAGCUUGGGCCGGACCCCUUCGACAAGCAUUUAAUGUAAGG